AUGGCCACCAUCGAAUCACAACAACAAGAACAACACCAAUUCAUGGAUCCAGCCGUCGAAUUCUCAUCCUCCUCUUCCCCAUUUCAUCUUUCGGAUUAUUUUGGAAUGAUGGCCAGCAGUGCUCAUGUCGAAAGUGUGAAAACAAAUCAUCAUUCUUUAGUAUCCGAAGAAGCAAGAGAAGAACAACAAAUGCCAUCCGAGAAUUUUUCAUCAUCAUCACUACCACCACAAGAAGAAGAAGAAAAAUUGGACACAUCGACAACAAGAACAACGAGUGAAAAGAACACACCUCCAAUGCUCAUCAAUUCAGAAUUUCAUUAUCGUGUCGAUGGUUUUAAUAAUUGUUCGGAGAGUUGUCGAAACUUUUUGAAACAUUUUCAAGCGUACUUGUCGUUUCAUGGAGUCACUGAAGAGCCGAAUCAUGGUCAUCAUUUAUCUGCAAAUCGAGUCGAUCUUGAUUUGAAGGACCACAUGGAAAUUUCAUCUUUGAUUGAACAAUUUAUUGUGACGAUCGAGUUGUCAUCCUCUUGUCGAGAAGAUGAAGCAAGCAGUAAUAAUAAUAAUAUUGGAAAUUCUCCCAAUGCCAGUUUGGAAUCCUCAUCUUCAUCAUCCUUUUCCGAAACGAUAGGAAGUGAUGUGAAAACAAUUGAACUAGCCACAAUGGAUAUAAAAGGAAAAUUGACCAUAUCUAAAACAAAUAGUAGCUCGAUACAAGCUGCCAGUUUCAAUUCCGAUUCUACAAAAUCGAUCGAUUCGAACAAGUUGUGGCUGCAAUUGGAUUCGCUCAGUGGAAUUUCAUUUCACAAAUGGAUCGAGAAGAUAAUAUUUCCCUAUUUAAGGUUGUCGAACAUUCCUCCAAAAAUUUAUAACCAUUUGAACGUAUGGCAUGAUGACUUGGUGAGAAUUAACCCCGACUUGACACAAGAAAUGACUGAAGUAUUCUUUGCAUGUUAUCCUUCACUGUUUAAACAACUUUCAGAACAUUACCCAUACUCCAAUGAUCAGAAAAAUUGUCACUUGCUAUUAGCUGAACAUUUAAUUGGAAUUCUAUGGAUGAAUUACUUGAAUAUCCAUGAGAAGAGGGAAUUACACAUUUUCAAUGAGAUGAUUAUGGAGAGAAUUCUCUACUGUCUGAAAUAUUGGAUUCAGUAUUACUCUGAUCGUUUAGAUUUUUUGACCAAUCAAUUUGUUUCAAACGCUCUUCAACAAGUUAUUGAUCUAUUGCAGAAUCUCCAACUGUUAUCGGAAGAAUCACAAGACAAAUUGACACCAUUCAAAGAUUGUAUUUCUUCUAUUCGUGAAAUGCUGAAACAUUCACAAAAAGAAUUUCCCUUUUCCAUGUCUGGAUGGAGCGAAUACGUUGAAAUGAAAAAAGAAGAACUCGGAUUGAAUGAUAAUAUAGAGGAAAAUGAAGAAGAAAAAUCUCCAAAUGAGCAACAAGAUGCUGAUCUAAUUCCAGUGGAGGAAAUUGUAGAGGAGGAAGAGGAUGGUGAGGAAGAAGAAGAUGUCGAUCUCUCUGAAAUGUUUCACAAUCUGUCUUGUUCCAUCAUGUCUCAAUUCGAUUUAUCACAAAUUCAAAUUCCUGAACUCUUCAAAGACAAGCUUGAUGAAACCAUGCUGAAUACUCUUCUUGAAACAACAUUUGACAACAUUGACUCUGAUUCGUCACAACGCAUUCAACAAUUCGUACUCUCAUUCUUGAAAAUUAUUUAUCCUGAACGUAGUGAAUUAGAUAGCAUGCCAAGUGCUGAUUUAUAUUUCGAGUUUAUCUCAUUAUGGCCUCCUCUUGAAAUUGCCAAACAAUUGACCAAUUAUGAAUUUGUGUAUUGCUUCGAGGCAUGCAACACUCAUGACUUUUUUGCAACCAUUUCCAAAAUUUCUUCAACAUCAAAUACUAACUCUCCACAAAACCCUUAUAAUUUGAAUCACAUGAUUGAAAGAUUUAAUUGGCUCUCCUUUUGGAUUUGCUACAUGAUAUUGAAACAAAGAGACAUGCAAUCUCGAGUCAAAACAAUGGCUUUCUUCGUUCAAGUCAUGCUCUUUGUCAUGUGCUUGCAAAACUAUCAAAGUUCAAUGAGUAUUUUGAGUGCCUUUCAUAGUACAUCAAUUGUAAAGUUGAGCAAAGCUUGGGAUCAAUUGUCAACGUUUGAAAAUGAUCAACAGGACGUCAUGACGUUUAAUUUACCAUCAUUUCCGUAUUACCAAUUUUUGAAAGGAGCCAACGAGUUAUUUUCAUUCGACAAGAAAUUUUUCAAUCUCAAAUGUCACAUCAUUUCAGAAAUUGAGAAGAAACUUCAAUCAAGUGAGAGCGCAAUUUCUUGCAUUCCCUAUAUUGGAACUUUUUUGGGCGAAAUUUCAGCCAUUGAAACUUAUUUCAAUGACUUUUUCUCAUUCAAUGACUCCAACAUUCCACAACAUGGACAUAACAAACCACAGCAUCAUCACCAUCAUCAAAAUAGUUUGAUCAAGACAAAUUCCAACACAACCAUUCACACUCAUCAAAUUCCACAUCACUACAUGUUCAACUAUGAAAAGAAAAAGAAGAUUACAAAACCUAUUAAGGAAAUUCAAACAUUCCAAAAACUUUCUCGAACAACAGCAUCAACCAUCGAUGUGACAUCAAACCGUAUUCCACAUGCUUUAUUUAAACCAGUUCCAAUUUUGCAUGUAUUGCUUUCUACGAGUGAAAUAAUCAAAUCCCUUCCAAAAGAUCCAAAAAUUUCCGAACCUGUCGGCAACGUGAAUGUGAAUCCAUUAAUUCGAAGUGACAGUUUGUCGAGCAUUGGGUUGGACAGUCCUACUCUCUCGACAGUAUCGAAUAGCUCAAAUAAUGGAUCUGGAUUUUUCCAAAGUCAAUCCGUCAUGAUGUUGAUGGCUCUCAAGUCCAAUGCUCACAGCGAUUAUAUUAAGAAAAUAUUUAGAGAAAUGGCUAAGGAAAUUGUGAAGAAUGAAUAA